GCGCGUAAAUAGCAACGUGUCCGCCUAAUUUCCGCCGUUUCGUCUCUCCUCUGCCCUCUCCCUCGUUUCGGGUCAGGAAAGUCUGCGCGCGAGCGCGUGUGUGUCCAGGAAAGGUUCAAGAUCGCGUCUCUCGGAUCGCGGAAAGGCCACCCACCCGCCCACCAGACCCCGCGGGGAAGAGGAAAAAAAAAUCGGGAGAUCGCCGUUGGAUCCUUGUUUUUGUUCUGUGGUGCGAGUGCGGAUCGGGGGAGUUCUGUGGCGAGUGAAGGGCGCGCGAGGGAUCCGGGAGGUCGUUUGCGGAGGGAUCUGAUCUGACUAGUGAGGCGGAGGUAUGGUUGCCGGGCCGGAGGUCAUGCAUCAGGUCGUCCCGAUGCUGGAGGCGUCGUUCCGCCGGUUCCCCGUCAAAGGGGUCGACGAGGUCGUCGUCGGGGUCGGGGUGUCGACGCCGCCGCCGGUCGAUUCGCCAUCGCAGGUCGACCUCCAGGUUCCCGAUCUGGUUAAGACGCCUUUGGAGACGCUACAGUUUGUCCCAAAGAUUAGAUCUGGUAGCUUUGCUGAUAUUGGACCUAGGCGGUACAUGGAAGAUGAACAUAUCAGAAUUGAUAAUCUUUCUGGCCAUCUUGGCUCACUGUUGCUGUGCCCAUCCCCUAAUGCCUUCUAUGGGGUUUUUGAUGGCCAUGGAGGUUCAGAUGCAGCAGCCUACAUGAAAAGGCAUGCCAUGAAGUUAUUCUUUGAGGAUUCAGAGUUCCCAGAAGGAUUGCAAGAAGAUGAAUAUUUUUCUGAAUCUGUUGCGAACUCAAUCCGCAAAGCGUUCUUGAGUGCAGACCUUGCUCUUGCAGACGAUUCAGUCAUCAGCCGAUCGUCGGGAACCACAGCUCUUACAGCUUUGAUCUUUGGAAGGCAGUUGUUGGUUGCAAAUGCUGGGGAUUGCCGAGCAGUUCUAUGCAGGAAAGGCAUGGCCAUGGAGAUGUCCUGUGAUCACAGGCCAACAUACGAAGCAGAGCGUCAAAGGGUCACUGAGUGUGGGGGGUACAUUGAGGAUGGCUACCUCAACGGAGUGCUGUCGGUGACUCGGGCUCUAGGGGACUGGGACAUGAAAAUGCCUCAAGGCUCAGCGUCACCUCUCAUUGCAGAGCCAGAGUUCCAGCAGACCAUCCUCACAGAGGAUGACGAGUUCCUCAUCAUAGGCUGCGACGGGAUAUGGGAUGUCAUGACCAGCCAGCAGGCGGUGACCCUGGUCCGAAAGGGGCUCCGGCGGCACGAUGACCCCGAGAGGUGCGCGAGGGAGCUCGCCAUGGAGGCGAAGAGGCUCCAGACCUUUGACAACCUCACGGUGAUCGUUAUUUGCUUUGCCUCUGAGCUCGGUGGGUGCCUGCCGCCUUCGGAGCAGGCGUCGUCGAGGAGGAUAAGAUCGUGCAAGAGCCUGUCUGCUGAGGCCCUUUGCAACCUGAGGAGACUGCUGGAGUCUGAUCAGUAGACGAUUGCUGUAGGGCUUAUUGAGUUAUUGUGCCGACGGGUGUUAGAUGCCUCGUACGGCUGCGCUUGCGCAGCCAGCAAUUUUGUAGGGCACCCGUCGUUUGUUCGUUGCAGUUUUUUCCUUUCUUGUUUCUUUUGUGUUGACUACUGCAGUCUUUCGUGUACAUACUCCAUUGGUUCAUGUACCGGCGAUCAGUUGGUUAGUGAUGAUUUAUGUGUGAGAAA